AUGCCGAACCCCGCAGGGGAUCCAUUAGGGGCCCUGAGGACCCCCCGGAUCCCGAAGUGCUCGCGGUGCCGGAAUCACGGGGUGGUGGUGCCGGUGAGGGGCCACUCGGGGCAGUGUGCCUGGAAGUCGUGCUCCUGCCCCAAGUGUUCCCUCAUUACCGAGAGACACAAGAUCAUGGCGGCCCACAAGCAGCUCCGCAGGGCCGGCCCGGGCGGGGGGCAGGGGGAGCCGGGAUCCGCGGCGGCCGGGGGGCACACGGAGCCGGCACACAAACCGAGCGAGGAAGGGGCCACCGGGGACCGGCGACAGGAAACCGGUAACUACAUCACUGACUGCUGGACUACAUCACUGACUGCUGGACUACAUCACUGACUGCUGGACUACAUCACUGACUGCUGGACUACAUCACUGACUGCUGGACUACAUCACUGACUGCCGGACUACAUCACUGACUGACUGCUGAACUACAUCACUGACUGCCGGACUACAUCACUGACUGCCCGACUACAUCACUGACUGCCGGACUACAUCACUGACUGACUGCUGAACUUCAUCACUGACUGACUGCACGGACUACAUCACUGACUGCUGGACUACAUCACUGACUGCUGAACUACAUCACUGGCUGACUGUAGACUUCAUCACUGGCUGUGGACUACAUCACUGACUGCUGGACUACAUCACUGACUGCCGGACUACAUCACUGACUGACUGCUGAACUACAUCACUGACUGCGGGACUACAUCACUGACUGCCCGACUUCAUCACUGACUGCCGGACUACAUCACUGACUGACUGGACUACAUCACUGACUGCUGGACUACAUCACUGACUGACUGACUGCCGGACUACAUCACUCUGACUGCCGGACUACAUCACUGACUGACUGCCGGACUACAUCACUGACUGACUGCCGGACUACAUCACUGACUGCUGGACUACAUCACUGACUGACUGCCGGACUACAUCACUGACUGACUGGACUACAUCACUGACUGCUGACUACAUCACUGACUGACUGCUGACUACAUCACUGACUGACUGCUGGACUACAUCACUGACUGACCGGACUACAUCACUGACUGCUGGACUACAUCACUGACUGCUGGACUACAUCACUGACUGACUGCUGGACUACAUCACUGACUGCUGGACUACAUCACUGACUGACUGCUGGACUACAUCACUGACUGACUGCCGGACUACAUCACUGACUGACUGACUGCUGGACUACAUCACUGACUGACUGCCGGACUACAUCACUGACUGCUGCCGACUACAUCACUGACUGACUGACUGACUGCGGACUACAUCACUGACUGACUGCCGGACUACAUCACUGACUGACUGCCGGACUACAUCACUGACUGACUGAACUACAUCACUGACUGCUGGACUACAUCACUGACUGACUGCUGAACUACAUCACUGACUGACUGCUGGACUACAUCACUGACUGACUGCCCGACUACAUCACUGACUGACUGCUGGACUACAUCACUGACUGCUGAACUACAUCACUGACUGACUGCUGACUGCCGAACUACAUCACUGACUGAACAUCACUGACUGACUGCUGGACUAUAUCACUGACUGCCCGACUACAUCACUGACUGACUGCUGGACUACAUCACUGACUGACUGCCGGACUACAUCACUGACUGACUGCUGAACUACAUCACUGACUGCCCGACUACAUCUGACUGACUGACUGCUGGACUACAUCACUGACUGACUGCCGGACUACAUCACUGACUGACUGAACUACAUCACUGACUGCUGAACUACAUCACUGACUGCCCGACUACAUCACUGACUGACUGCUGGACUACAUCACUGACUGACUGCCGGACUACGUCACUGACUGACUGCCGGACUACGUCACUGACUGACUGCCGGACUACGUCACUGACUGACUGCCGGACUACAUCACUGACUGACUGCUGGACUACAUCACUGACUGCCGGACUACAUCACUGACUGCCGCAGCAACUACUGGACUACAUCACUGACUGCCGGACUACAUCACUGACUGCUGCACUAACUACUGGGCUACAUCACUGACUACUGGACUACAUCACUGACUGCCGGACUACAUCACUGACUGCCGGACUACAUCACUGACUGCCGCAGCAACUACUGGGCUACAUCACUGACUGCUGGACUACAUCACUGACUGCUGCACUAACUACUGGACUACAUCACUGACUGCUGCACUAACUACUGGACUACAUCUCUAACAAACGCCUGGACUACAUCAUUAACUGCUAGACUACAUUACUUACUGCUGGACUACUUCUCUAACAAAUUUAUGGACUACAUUUCUAACUCACUACUGGACUACAAUACCAUCGUUCUCAGACAGCCCUCAGAUUAUACAGAUUAUAUAGUGUGACGGGAAUGGUGCCUAUGAUACAGAUUAUAGUGUAAUGGGAUUGGUGCCUAUGAUCCAGAUUAUGAUGUGACGGGAGUGGUGCCUAUGUUUGAUACAGUUUAUAGUGUGACGGGAUUAGUGUCUAUGUUUGAUAUGGAUUAUGGUGUGACUGGAUUGGUGCCUAUGAUGCAGAUUAUAGUGUGAAGCGGUCUGUUAAACUUUUUCCCUGACCGAUUCUUAUAUAUAGUAACUGCCACUUUAUAUUUGAUCACAGAAUCUAAAAAAAGUUAUGUAAAAGGAAGUUUAUGCUGGUUUAGUGACAGGUUCUAUUCUAAAGGUGUUUUAUUUAUAAAAAAUUAAAAAAAAAAAAAAUAUGACAUGAAUGAGCCACACAUAUAACUAGGUUAUCAUGGAGGAGAAAAUAUCUUGAAUGAUAAUACCUAUGAUGUAUCUGGACUCUUCCUUGACCUGGAAUUAAUAAUCGAGUCUCCCUGUGGAAUUGCCUAAGAGAACACAAACUGACUUGAUAACCCAGAAUUCAAUGAUUGAAGGACACAUUGUUCAGAUUGUUUUGAUGCAGUAACAUAUCAUGGUUAUCUCUGUAAACUAUGCUGAAGUUCUAUAAUUUAGCGACAACCUCUAAUACCUCAUCGGCUUAUGUAACAGCUUGCCAUAACUUCCAGUAUAGUAAAUGAAGUCAUCAUUCAGAUGGGAGUGAUUUAUAUUCUAAUGGCAAUAUAUAGAAAUACUAUGUAAGAUUAGAGAAAUAGUUAUUCAGAUUGAUGUUGAAUUAGUAUUAGCUUCUCAUAAAUAUACUGAGUGACAAAUGACAGUAGCAAGAAUACUAUGUCAUUAUAAUUUAGUGAUAUUCUAUUAUUAUGUUAAUUGAAUUGCAUGGUUUUUAAUCGAAUGGUUGAUGAAUUAGAUUAAUUGACUGACACGGUCACUGGCUCACAUUGUGUUAUUUUGAAAAUUCCUAGUUUAGAGAAUUAACUGUCACAUUAUAUUUAAUCAAUUAAAUAAUUUUAUUCUGAGAGAUUUAAAUAAUAUAAUUAGGUUUUUUCCUUUUAGGUUAAAAUGAUAACCUAUACUGUAAGAGGGAAAUGAAAGAUAAUUAUUUAUUUUUUAUCUUUCUCUGCCUUGUAGGUACGCCUGUGCUUUUGCAGGAAUGUAUACCGAAAUCUGAGUACUUUGAGAGAGAUGUUUCCAGGAUGUAUCUAAAUUGCCCCCCUCUUUACCAUUACCCUCCGCUCUUUGCGCCUCCAGCAGUCAAUCCUCCAAGAUUUAGAGGGUCUCCCUGUUCUGCUGGGAUACCAAUAAGAAGCUUUCGGCAAUAUCAACCACUAAGUGUAAGUCCCACUAAAAGUAUGUUCUUGUUAUUCCAAAUACACAGACCUAUUGUGCAGGGUAUUAUACAGUAUAAACAACACUAGAUGGAACAAACUUUGAGCAUAAGGCAUCAUCUCCCCUGUUAUUGGGUGGAGAAAGAAGAAUGCCGUUGUGGGCUGCCAUUUUGUUUGAGGGACCUGGGGCUCCUGUUACCUUUUAUUUAUUAUUAAUAAAUUGUACUACAUACGGCUGGCUGUGCACAGAUCUAUUUUUAUUACUAAACUGUGAACUUCUAAUGCUAACCAUAUUGAAAUGUUGAUUUUAAUCUACUUUUUUAUAUGUGAGAACAUGUUUUCUGUUUUGGUGCAGAUUCAAGAUGCAGGCACAGAUUUCAGACCAAAUUAUUACCCUACGGUACCGCAAUUUAUUCCACCUGGCCUCAUGCCUGGAAUACACUAUCUGCCUCCUCCAUUGCCAAUGAGUGUCAGCAUGAUGGCCGAGCCGAGCAGGGAUAUGCUGGGUGAGUGGUUCUGGAUGAAUGUGUGUGUUAUUUCAAUGUGCAGGUUUUGUCAUUAGUAUGAAUGUAUCUGUGCAUGUUGGUCUAUAUGUGUUUCAUUCCACAACAACUGGAAUAGCAGGGAACAAGCUCUAGUUGCUCAAAAUUCAAUAAAACGUGUUUUUUUUUGUUUUUUUUUAUCAUGUAGCAUAAAAAUAUCUUACUGAAAAGCAUGUGCUACGGACAAACAAUAGGAGUUUUAGAAACAUUUCAGUUUAUCUAUCCUCCAUCUAUCCGUUUGUUUUUCUGUCAAUCUGGUAUCAGACUUAAUAAUGAGAGCUGUGUACCUAUGUCUAAUUCUAAAUAAACCAAAUUAAUUCUAUUGUAGGUCACAUGACUGCAGAGAACCAAUGUAUGAGACCUGUCCUUGACAAAAGCCAAAAUAAGGAGCCAUGUGCCUAGGCAGUUCAACCAGAG